AUGUCGUGCUUAAGUGUGGGGGGUGCUUUGUAUAGGUUGGAAUAUAUAUUUGGGUGCUUGGAGCCUAGUCCGCUAUCCGAAUCUUACGAUUUGAGGGCUCCAAGACAACCUAUGAUGAGGACUGAGACGUGCAGUAGAAUUGUGGUAUCAGAAUGUGAGAUAGAGCAUAUAGCAUUUAGAGGCUGCCAUCAUGGUGAAGAGAUGUUAGGGAUUGAGAGAAAUAACAUGCGCAUUUUUCGCAUCAAAUUGUCCUGA